GAAGCAACAAUAAGACAGAAACACAACGAAGAUAUAAUGGCAGUCACGAGCUCCAACGGUCACGGCAACAAGAUUGAUGAGAAGCACCAAAUGUCUGGAGCAGCCAAGCUGCGACAUAUGUUACAAGAAUCCAAUGACUUGAUUGUUUGCCCUGGUGUCUAUGAUGGACUCUCGGCCAGAAUAGCGCUGAACCUUGGUUUUGAGGCCAUGUAUAUGACUGGUGCGGGAACGACAGCGUCACGAUUGGGAAAGGCCGAUCUGGGUCUUGCGCAGUUGUAUGACAUGAAAACCAAUGCGGAGAUGAUUGCUCACCUUGAACCGUUUGGGCCACCGCUGAUUGCUGAUAUGGACACCGGUUAUGGCGGUCCCUUAAUGGUGUCACAAGCCGUACAGCAGUACAUCACAGCUGGUGUUGCAGGCUUCCACAUUGAAGAUCAGAUUCAAAACAAGCGUUGCGGCCAUCUGGGAGGCAAGAAAGUGGUUUCUCUUGACGAGUAUCUCACUCGUAUCCGAGCGGCUAAGAGCACUAUUGAUCGGUUGCGAUCAGAUAUUGUUCUGAUUGCCCGUACUGAUGCCCUUCAGCAGCUUGGCUAUGAGGAGUGCAUCCAGCGUUUGCGAGCUGCUCGUGAUGCUGGAGCAGAUGUCGGCCUUCUCGAGGGCUUUGCCUCUAAAGAUCAGGCACAACAGGCUGUUGAGGACCUCCGUCCAUGGCCGUUGCUGCUAAACAUGGUUGAAAAUGGUGCUGGACCGGUUAUUACGACUCGGGAAGCUGCAGAUAUGGGAUUCCGAAUCAUGAUAUUUUCUUUUGCCUCCUUGGCCCCAGCAUAUUUGGGAAUCCGAGCAGCACUGGAGCGUUUGAAGAGAGAUGGGGUUGUAGGCACACCGAAGGGGUUGGGCCCGAGGCAAUUGUUCGAUAUCUGCGGGUUGGCGGAAUCAAUGCAGACUGAUAUGGAAGCUGGAGGAGUGGAUUACUAUACUGUUUAAGGCUUGGAACUUCUAUUCGUGUUAUCAGUAUUGAGCAAUGUACUGUCGAGUUUAUUCCUGUCUCUUCGUAUUGCUGGCAUUUCCUUUAAUGUAAGUAGAUUGUGAUUGUCUGAUUGUCAUAACCUUUCAUCAUCCAAACACUGCCACACGACUUUCUUUUCACGUCAUAUUGAUAAAGGAAGAGCUGCUAUGGCG